AUUUUCUUCCAUUUAUUUUCAUUUUGUAACGGAUGUGCAAAAAUAAAUAUUACUGAGCAUGCGCAAUCCAAAUUAAGCAACAAUGGCAGAAGGCGAACGAGAUCAAGUACUUGCUGAAUUUCAGGCUUUUACAGCCUUGGAAGACAUUGAUACUUGCAUCCAAAUCUUGGAGACAAAUGACUGGAAUUUAAUGAGAGCAGUAAACAGUGUAAUGCCUGGAUCUGAUGGAGGAUUGUCCCCGACUGGUAGGGAACCCCCUCCUUCAGGCUUUGAGGACAUAAGCCCUCCGCCCUACUCUGCAUCAUCUCCAGACAAUGAUAACAAUAUUGCAGACUCCAGGGCUUUUUUUGACCCCAGUUCUGCAUCAGAAUGUAAUGUAGCCAUCCCAUCCACAAGUAAUUCAUCCCCAAAGCGAAGACAUCCAGGAGGUGGACCGAGACCUAGGAUGUUAAAUUUUAAAGUGGAAUACAGAGAUCAAAACUUUUACUUCAAUGUUGGGGACAAUGAGAAAAUUGGCAAAGUGAAAGAACUUCUGUCUCAGAAAAUUGGAGUGUCUCCAGAAAAACAAAGCUUGAGAGGCUGGAGUACCAGGAAAACAAGAGUGGAAGAUGAUAAAAUUCUGAGAGAUCUGCAUCUUCCUAAAGAGAACACAUUAUUCUUAUUAACUCCUGAUGUCUCAAAUCCCACACUUGUCAAACCAACAGUUGAUGUAGAAAUGGAAAGUUUAACAGAAGCCUUAAAUAGAACAUAUGCCCUGCAUAUUAACUUCACAGAAAAUGGAGAGGUGCGGCAUUAUAAGUUAAAUAUGCCUGGGAGUAAAACUAUUGGAGAGGUAAAAAGUGAUGUGUAUGCCCUCACAAACUUGCCAGCAAGACAUCAGAUAUGGACAGGUUGGCCUGAUUCUGCAAAAAAUGAUGACUCUAUGACAAUUGGCUGUUGUGGUUUGAAUUAUCCCAUCCAUAAUUUAGAGCUUACAAAAGCAAAUAUUAUAACAAGACCUAAAAAGGUGCCAUUUAAUGAGGUGGUACAGGAAAUAGAAAUAAGUGAUGAUGAUGAUGAUGAUCUAAAUCCAAUGGAAGAUGACAUGUUUGACCAUGAUGAUAUACCAAGCAGAGGAAGACCUACACCUUUGAUGCCUGAGUCUGUAAAUGAUGAAGUAGAAGCAUUAGAACACUUUACCAAAGAAUUCAGAGAAAGGUAUGGUGAAACACAUCCAGUAUUCUAUGUUGGUUCUUUAGAAGAUGCAAUAAAAGAAGCUCUAAAUGGUAAAGCCAAAGAUAGAAAAUUGUUGGCUGUAUAUCUCCAUCAUGAUGGGAGUAUUUUAUCAAAUGUGUUCUGUUCUCAAAUCCUGUGUUCUGAUAGUGUGGUUAAUUACCUUAGCAGUAACUUUAUAACCUGGGCAUGGGACAUGACACAUGAGACAAACUGUGCCAGGCUCAUCACUAUGGCUACCAGGCAUUUUGGUAAUGUAGUAGCUGGACAGAUCAGAUGUCUUAAACCAGAACAAUUGCCUAUGUUAUUAGUUAUUUCUAGAGCAAGAGCUACAAAUGAAGUCAUAGAUAUGAUUCCAGGGUCAGUAACAUUAGAUGAACUUAUGACAAGAUUAAUUCAUGAUUCAGAAAGCUUCCAACAACAACAAAGAAUAGACAUCCAAGAUGAGGAAGAGAGAGAGGCUCGAGACACAAUAAGAAGAGAACAAGAGGAAGCAUUUAAAGAGUCACUAGCUGCUGACAGAAAGAAGGUUGAAGAACAAAGACUCCAGCAGGAGAUGGAGAUAAAAAAACAGGAAGAGGAAGAGAGGCAGAGGAGAGAGGAAGAGGAGAGGAAAAUGGCAAUACAGCAAUCAGCAGCCUUGCAAAUCCCAGAGGAACCUCCAGAAAGUUCUAAAGAGGCAGUGGCUCGAUUAAGGUUUAGAACACCUACCGGUGAUGUGAAACUUCGCCGAUUCAGGGCUUCAGAACCACUCAGAAAUGUCCUUUUUUAUCUGACAUCAGAGGGCUUUCAUAUAGAGGAUUACAAGAUUCUUACAACUUUUCCUAGAAGAGAUAUUUCACAGUUAGAUGAAAUGAAGACUUUAGAAGAGCUAAAAUUGUACCCACAAGAGACAUUGAUAUUGGAGGAAAAAUGACGGAAUGAAUGUGUUCAUUUGUGAAUAGAGGUGUACGAUGAGAGUAACUGUGAUAUGAUUUGCUUGUUUUUAACUGCGCUGUUACAUGUAUAGGGAUGUCAAUUGAACUCCAGUAGGAUCGUCAAUUAAUUAAGGUUUUAGUCCAAAGAUAGUCAAUUAAUAGUGAAUUUAUGACAGAACACAUACAAGUAAUGAUGGUAAUCAAAUUAUUGUGAAUGUCAUGACAUAAUAAAUGCAUCCAUUUACAUACAUAUGCAGAUUCUGAGAUUUAAAAAUGUAUGAAUUUAAAAAAAAAGUUGUAGUAUGUUUACAAGCAGGCAUGUGCUUUAGAAAUAAGUUUCAGUAUAACCAUUCAUGAUGUUAAAAUCUCGCAUAAGCUUUCUUCAGUUCUCUACUGUCAUUAGGGAUGUGUUAAUUUAAAUUGACAGGAUUUCCCUGUGCUACAACUGCAAUGGAAAGAUUUUUUUCAUAUCUGCAGACUUUAAUUUGUAUGACUGUAUGAUGAAUACUUUUGUCUGAGAGUGUACAUGAUUUGUAUUCAAAUUUCAGAAAGUGAAGCUAUUCUUCAUGCAGAAUUGACCUUGUUAAGUUCAAGUAAUCAUCCUUUUUGUAUGAAAUUAAUCUCAACCAUGUUAAGGCUUAUUCUUAAUGGACAAGCUACCCUAAGUUCCUCAAGGUCUGGACUGACACCUCAUAGAACCAAGUGAUUGUUUAGAUAACUGCUUAGGUGUAGCUAUUAAAAGAAGUACCCCCCCCCCCCCUCCCAAAAAAAGAAGAAAAAUUAUAAUGUAUAAAACUAUUGGUUAAUCAAUAAAAAUAUGUAAUGACUUCUAGAAAUGGAUGCAAUGGGAAAUUUUUUUUACGGCAAAAAAUAAUAAAACAAGUUACAUAAAAAUUUCUCACAUAUAACUAUCAUCAGAUAAUAGUUCUAAGACAAUGUGAAGACCACUCUUAUUUUGUUAAUAUAUAUGCAUUAUUCAACUAAAAUCAGAAUUAUGAUAUAUUCCUGGUCCAAUGUAAUUAAUCAAGUUAAAAAUAUUGUAAGUUGCCGAUCAGUAUGUUGGAGCAAACCUACACCUUGACAUCCCUGCAUCUUCUUGUGAUGGGUCAUGUGUCAGUACAGUAAUGUGAUAGUCUAAUUUUAAAUAACAAUGAUAGUUUUUAAAGCAGCAUGAUUGUAAUCUUUAAACUUACAUGUAUGUUGAUGUCAAAGAAUUAAAAUGUUACAGCUCCAGGGUGCAUGAUGAAGAUAUGAUCUUCAUGAAAACUGAAAAGGUAUAAAUUGCUGUCACUGAAAUAUGUGUGCUAAAAAAAUAUGUACAUGUAUAUUGAAUUACUUUUGUUAACUGAAAUUAUUUACUAAUAACACAUGGAGUUACAUUGUGAUACAGAAUUGUUUAGAAAUUACACAUUGAGUUGCAGGAAUAUUUGGAAAUAUUUUUUUUUAAAGAUCUCAAAAAGUCAUUUUUAUAAAGACUAUACCUGUCAUAUUUAUAAUACAUAUUGAUAUUGAGACAAAGGUACUUCAGUUUUUGUGGCUUUGUGAAGCUUUGGUUUUGAAUUUGGGAUAAACUUGAUUAGUACAUAUACAUGAACAUGUUCAAAAAUUGCAUGGUUAUAAAAUUUUUACUGAUGAAAUCAGUCAUAUUUUCCAAAGCAUACCAGAUUCAGUCAAAUUGAGUGCUGUUCUGGAAAUGAUGUGUAUGUAAAGAAGAAUAUAAACUUGCUAUACUGCAGUACUGCAGAUAUACCUCAAAAUAUCCUCUGGAAACAUCAAAAUAAAAUCAAAUUAAAACCCUCUUUGAAAAAUA